GCUUAUUGCCUGGCAUGACACAGGCACAGCGCACGCCACAGCUAGCGAUCCCGCGUCGUCGUCCUGGCUUCCUCCCUAUAAAAGGAUCCGGCCGGAGACGCAGCCACGCUCAAGAGUCAAGAUACAUCAGAGUAGCUCAUUGCAUAGUUUCAGUGUGUAAUUAUAUAUUUGUCUCCUCUAGUGCAGUACUAGAGUCUAGUCUAGCUAGUUUAGAUUGAGUCUGCUUGUUCAUCUAGCGCGUGUUUUGGGGUAGGUAGCUAGCUAGCUAGACACGCGCACCCGGACAAACGCACGCAGCAGACACCAAGCAGGAAUCAUCGGCGGCAGGCGGAGGGAUGGGGCUGAGGGAGAUUGAGUCGACAUUGCCGCCGGGGUUCAGGUUCUAUCCCAGCGACGAGGAGCUGGUAUGCCAUUACCUCUACAGGAAGGUGGCCAACGAGCGCUCCGUGCAGGGGACGCUGGUGGAGGUCGACCUGCACGCGCGGGAACCAUGGGAGCUUCCAGACGCGGCCAAGCUGACGGCGAGCGAGUGGUACUUCUUCAGCUUCAGGGACCGCAAGUACGCGACCGGGCCGCGCACGAACCGCGCCACCAAGACGGGCUACUGGAAGGCCACCGGCAAGGACCGCGAGGUGCGCGACCCGGCCGCCCGCGCCGUCGUCGUCGGCAUGCGGAAGACGCUCGUCUUCUACCAGGGCCGUGCCCCCAGCGGCGUCAAGUCAUGCUGGGUCAUGCACGAGUUCCGCCUCGACUCGCCGCGUACGACGACGACGCCACCGAAGGAGGACUGGGUGCUGUGCAGGGUGUUCCAGAAGCGGAAAGUCGACGGCAGCGAGCAAGACAACGGCGUCUCCCCCUCGCCGCCGGUCUUUGCCGGCGCAUCGCAGUCGCAGGGGGUCGUCCUGCCGCCGGACCAGCCCUGCGUGGUGGACGCGUACGUCGUGGUAGACCAGCCGGGCUCUUCUUCCGUCGGACUCGCGCCGCCGCAGGAGAACCUCGGUAGCGGCCUGGACGCGUUGCUGACGAACGGAGCGAUGUGGCAGUACACCUCGUCGGUCUUCGGUCACUUGUUGCCGCAGGAGGCGACCAGCUCCCCGCCGGUGAUGGACCUAGGCUCCAGGGGAGGAGAAGGAGGAGACUACGGGUGCAGCUUCUUCUACGACAGCAGCUUCGAGGACAUGGCCAACAUCGGGUUCCGACAAGGGUGGAUGGGCUGAUCCAGGACCAGGAAGCACACGUACGUGCGUGCAGUCAUGCGAUAUGGAAUGUGCAUUUGUGAAGGAAGUGAUUGAAUUAAUUGAUUCCAUUAGUAGUAGCACCCUCUAGUGUUGUACAGUAGGUACGUAUAUAGUGUGAGAUUAGAUUAUUAUUGGGAAUUGUUAGAGUG